GGAUACGCUGUUUCAACCAGGAGCACCAACUUAACUGGUAUAUGAGAAGCAGAUUCCUUGCACGAAAAUCUUGGAGCAGCUCAUUAAGGUAAACAGGUUGCAGUGGAUUUCUGGAUGGUACAGUAUGGCUGAAGUACUGCACAGAGGUUUGGUGGUAUCACACAUGUAAAUUCAGCUUAUCUGGAAUGGAUGCAAGUUCUUUCGGAGGAGUAGAACUAUCUGAACAUCCUUCUGGUUUACUAGGGACUACCGCCAUGGCAGCUGGUCUUGCGAAUGUAGGAAGUUCUUUUGGAGGACCACCUAAUUCUCUAGUUUCUAGAUCUAAUAAAUUCCAAAACUCAUCUAUAGAAGAUGAUGAUGAUGUAGUUUUUAUUGAACCUAUACAACCUCCGCAGACCUCUGCAUCGCUGAUAUCGGAUCAAAGAAGCCUUACAUUUACUUCAUCAAAAAAUGAAGAGCUUCAAGGGAAUGAGUCCAAACUGCUUCCUCCUCCAAAAGACUUAAAUUCUCAAAAAGGAAGUAUAAGUGAGACUAUUAUUAUAGAUGAUGAGGAAGAUAUUGAAACAAAUCAAGGGCAAGAGAAGAAUGCUUCCAGUUUUAAUGAACGAAGGCUUCCAGAGUGUAAAAAUAGAACCAACGAUAUGGAAUUCUCAGCUUCCAGUUUUUCAAGAAGUAAGGUAAAUUCAGGAAUAGUUAAUAGUGGUAUAACCACAGAACCAGACUCUGAAAUUCAGAUUGCUAAUGUUACAACAUUAGAAACAGGUAUGAGCUCUGUGAGUGAUGGUCAUUUAGAAAAUACUGAAGGGCGUGACAUGAACUUAAUGAUUACACAUGUAACGUCACUGCAGAAUACCAACUUGGGAGAUGUAUCUAACGGACUGCAGUCAAGUAAUUUUGGUGUUAAUAUACAAACAUACACCCCAUCUUUAACUUCACAGACCAAGACUGGUGUAGGACCUUUCAAUCCUGGUAGAAUGAACGUGGCUGGAGAUGUGUUUCAAAAUGGAGAAUCUGUGACUCAUCACAAUCCUGAUUCCUGGAUAUCCCAAUCAGCUUCAUUCCCUAGGAAUCAGAAGCAACCGGGUGUGGAUUCUUUAUCACCAGUGGCAUCACUUCCUAAACAGAUUUUCCAGCCUUCUGCACAGCAGCAACCUUCUAAGCAGGUUAAAGUCACAUGUGCAAACUGCAAAAAACCUUUGCAGAAGGGACAGACUGCAUACCAGCGGAAAGGAUCAGCACACCUAUUUUGUUCCACUACUUGCCUUUCAUCAUUCUCACAUAAGCCUGCUCCAAAGAAACUCUGUGUUAUGUGCAAAAAAGAUAUAACAACAAUGAAAGGUACCAUUGUUGCUCAAGUUGAUUCGAGUGAGUCCUUCCAGGAAUUUUGCAGUACAUCAUGUUUGUCCUUCUAUGAAGAUAAACAGAAUCCCUCAAAAGGAGCUUUGAAUAAAUCAAGAUGCACUAUCUGUGGUAAACUGACUGAGAUUCGUCAUGAAGUUAGCUUUAAAAACAUGACUCAUAAGCUGUGUAGUGACCACUGCUUCAAUAGAUACAGAAUGGCGAAUGGUUUAAUAAUGAAUUGCUGUGAACAUUGUGGGGAAUACUUGCCCAGUAAAGGAGCUGGAAACAAUAUCCUUACUAUAGAUGGUCAGCAGAAAAGAUUCUGCUGCCAAAACUGCGUUGGUGAAUACAAACAGAAAUAUGGCAAAUUAACACCUUGUACUGGCUGCAGAGCUCAGUGCAGGUUUUUUGACAUGACUCAGUGCAUAGGACCUAAUGGAUAUAUGGAGCCAUACUGCUCAACUGCAUGCAUGAACACAUACAAAUCAAAAUAUGCAAAAUCACAAAGUAUGGGAAUUAUUUGCCACUUUUGUAAACGAAACUCUUUACCUCAGUAUCAAGCCACAAUGCCCGAUGGAAAACUGUACAACUUUUGCAGUUCCAGUUGUGUAGCUAAAUUUCAGACUCUUAGUGUGCAGUCUUCAACCAAUGGUCAGUUUGUUUCUCCAAGUGAUAUUCAGCUGAAAUGCAAUUAUUGCAAAAGUUCUUUCUGUUCAAAGCCAGAAGUACUGGAGUGGGAAAACAAAGUAUAUCAGUUCUGCAGCAGAACUUGUUCUGAUGAUUAUAAGAAACUGCACUGUAUAGUUACAUACUGUGAAUACUGCCAAGAGGAGAAAACGCUGCAUGAAACAGUGAAUUUCUCUGGUAUCAAAAGACCGUUCUGUAGUGAAGGCUGUAAGCUGCUAUAUAAACAAGAUUUUGCAAGACGGUUAGGAUUGAGAUGUGUUACUUGUAAUUACUGCUCACAGCUCUGCAAAAAGGGAGCAACUAAGGAACUUGAUGGUGUAGUGAGAGAUUUCUGCAGUGAAGAGUGCUGUAAAAAAUUUCAGGACUGGUACUACAAGGCUGCCAGAUGUGACUGUUGUAAGUCGCAAGGAACUCUCAAAGAGAAAGUGCAAUGGCGUGGAGAAAUGAAACAUUUUUGUGAUCAGCACUGUUUACUGCGUUUCUACUGUCAACAAAAUGAGCCUAAUAUGACAACUCAAAAAGGACCUGAAAACUUGCAUUAUGAUCAGGGCUGUCAAACUUCCCGAACAAAAAUAACAGGUUCAGCACCACCACCUUCUCCAACACCUAAUAAGGAGAUGAAGAACAAGGCAGUUCUUUGCAAACCUUUGACAAUGACAAAAGCUACAUACUGUAAACCUCAUAUGCAGACAAAAUCUUGUCAGACAGAAGAUGAUUGGAAAAAAGAGUAUGUUCCAGUGCCUGUUCCUGUACCUGUCUAUGUUCCGGUGCCUAUGCACAUGUAUAGUCAAAAUGUUCCUGUUCCUACAGCAGUUCCUGUUCCAGUGCCAGUUCCAGUGUUUCUGCCCACUACUCUGGAUAGCAAUGAGAAGAUCCUUGCAGCAAUAGAAGAACUGAGGGGUAAAAUCCCCUCAAAUUCUUUGGAGGCUGAGCUACUGACCAUAGCAGAGAUGAUGCCUGAAGAUGAUGGGAAAACAGAAACUACUGAUCUGAACAGUGUAAUAAUUGAAUCAGACCUGCUAAACUCUGAUACAGAAACACAGACAAGUUUGCCUGAUGUUCCCUAUGAACCAGACCUUGAUAUUGAGAUUGAUUUUCCAAGAGCGGCUGAAGAGCUUGAUACAGAAAAUGAAUUUUUGCUGCCUCCUGUUUUUGGGGAAGAAUAUGAAGAACAGCCAAGACCUAGAUCCAAAAAGAAGGGAGUGAAGAGGAAAGCAAUAUCAGAGUACCAGUCUCAUGAUGAUAGCUCUGAGAAUUCAGAGUGUAGUUUUCCCUUCAAGUAUGCAUAUGGUAUAAAUGCAUGGAAGCACUGGGUAAAAACUAGGAAUUUAGAUGAAGAUCUGCCAGAAUUAGAGGAAUUGAAAUCAACAAAAUCUGUGAAAUUAAAGGAAGACCUAUUAUCACAUACUUCAGCUGAGUUAAACUAUGGAUUGGCACAUUUUGUCAAUGAAAUUCGAAGGCCUAAUGGAGAGAACUAUGCACCUGAUAGCAUUUAUUAUCUGUGUCUUGGGAUUCAAGAGCUCAAGGGGAUCACCCCACCUGACAAGAUGUGGGAUCAUCAGAAAAAGGGCGACCAUAUGCCCUUCAUUGGCAUGGUUCUUGUGAGAGAACACCUUGAGAGGCUGGCCAUCCACAAAUCAGCUGGCCCGGAUGGAAUGCACCUAAGAGUACUAAAGGAACUGGUUUACAUAAUAGCGUGGCCAGUGGCAAGGAUAUUCAAGAACUCGUGGUGCUCGAGCAAGGUAACUGAAGAUUGGAAGAGGGCCAUUGUGGUUCCUAUCUUCAAGAAGGGGAGGAAGGAAGAUCCAGGGAACUACAUGCCAAUCAUUUUGCCCUCAGUCCCUGGAAAGAUUUUGGAAAAAAUCAUCAAGGAAACCGUUAACAGGCUAAAAGAAGCCAACACAGCUUUGUUGCAGUAUUUGUGUGGAAGCAAUCGCAAAGACAACAUAUUUAUUGAUCCAAGCUACCAGACAUUUGAACAGGAAUUAAAUAAAAUCCUUAGAAGUUGGCAACCAAGCAUACUUCCAGAUGGGUCAAUAUUCUCUCGAGUUGAAGAAGAUUAUCUUUGGAGGAUAAAACAGCUAGGAUCACACUCUCCAGUUGCUCUUCUGAAUACGCUGUUCUACUUUAACACUAAAUAUUUUGGCCUGAAAACAGUGGAGCAACACUUAAGACUUUCCUUUGGCACGGUUUUUAGACAGUGGAAAAAAAAUCCCCUAACAAUGGAAAGCAAAGCUUGUCUUCGAUAUCAAGUAUCUUCCCUGUGCGGAGCUGAUAGUGAAGAUAAAAUUACUACUGGAAAAAGGAAACAUGAAGAUGAUGAACCAGUAUUUGAACAAGUUGAAAACGCAUCAAAUCCAGCUAGAUGUCCUGUGAAAAUGUUUGAGUGCUAUCUAUCUAAAAGCCCACAGAAUCUUAAUCAGAGAAUGGACGUGUUCUAUUUGCAACCAGAUUGCUCCGUCUCCUCAGAUAGUCCUGUCUGGUACAGUUCCGCUUCACUGGACCGCAACACUUUGGAAAAUAUGCUUGUACGGGUUCUUUUAGUAAAAGAUAUUUAUGAUAAAGACAAUUAUGAACUGGAUGAAGACAUAGAUUAAAAAAAAACUUCCAAAACAGUCAAGGAAAAAAAAAACAGCAUUAGAUAUAGUCAUGCUGCUAGACCUUUAUUAUGGAAAACAUUUCAAGUUUACCCUUUGUUUUAUGAAUUUUAUAGCAGUGUACCCCGACCUGGGUAUUACCAUGUAAAUAAUCUGUGAGUGAAAGUUGCCAUUAUUCUACGUAGUGGUUUUAGGAUACUUAACGAACACAUUCAGAUUCAUUUUUUAUUAUUUAUUUGAUUAGGUAUGUUUGUAACUUUUUACAUUGCAAAAUAUGAAUGAGAAUGUGCCAUGUGUAGCUUUUUUUCUUGUAGUAAGAAACAUCCAUAUUGCACAGCUCUACUGUUGCAAGCUUCCUUGAAAGGGAGCUUUUUACUGGGUUCUUAAACCAGAUGGUUGUGUAUGGGUAGCACUACUAAAGUUUAGAACUUGCUGUGUCUUUCAGAAUUUUUAAAUAAAUUGUAAACUAAUAGGUUUUUUACUUUUUAGUUACUAAAGCCUUAUAAGGUUCUGUAGAGAGACUCCAUCUUAUGUACCAAAAAUAGACAAAAGAGAAUGCUGUCAAUAUUGGUGUACUGUAAUGUGACUCUAUACUGGUGAAAACAACUUUUUUGUUGCCCUUAUUAAAACGUUAGUGUCCUUUCCUUAUUUGUGACU